AUGCGAAGGCGAGUUGUUGACACCUCUAUUCCCCAGCUUCUGGUGACGUUGAGGGGCCAGAACGAACGCAAGCUGAUUGGGCGGUCCGGGUCAACCUUUGCGCCGUUCGGGCGCGAUUUGGUGUUUCUGCAGGCCUCGACUUUCCCAACCACGACAAACUCCCUUCGAGAGAAACCCUCCUCCCUCGGCUUUGAGUCUUCUCUAAGCCUCUGUGCCGAGCAUUGUACCUCGAACUUCAACUAUUUCCCUUCCUCUUCGUCUACGCGAUCAAUGGCGACAUCUCUUCCUUCGACUCCUAAAGCGACGCCUGCGGCUGCCCCCUCCGCGGGGUCUGACACUCCUGGCAAAUGGCGACACCCUCAAUUGAGCGAAGUUGUCCGACGUCAGAAUGCGGCCACCUUUGGUGACAAAGACCUGCGCAAGGCUGUGUGGAACGCGUCCGCUUUAGUACUAUCCUGGUUCUUCGGGAGCACCUUAAAGGCCUACUCCCGGAAACUACUGGGGAGCACACCCCUGUACUCCGAGUUCUCAUUACUGCUCCUACAACUUUUCUUCUUGUCCAACAUCUUCGUGGCGUUCUAUCCCCUGCUGCGACGAAAGGACGAUCUCGCCGAUAUCCCUCUCACUCCUACGCAGCGGGCGCUCUUGGGAUUAGACCCCAACACGACACCGCCUCUUACACCGUCCAGCUCCUAUGUUACUCCACCGCGAUAUCGCGCGUCGACUUCACGCAAAGCCAGCCCCGCGAGUCGCUCAAGUUCUCCCCUGAACUCGACCCCUUCCUUUUCCGAUCGUCGCGUCUCUUCAGGGCCUACGUUUUCCCCCUUGACUAGUCCUUUACUCCAUAAAGCAGUAGCAAAUGGUGGAGGCAGAGAACCAGGAAGAGAGAGUGGCCGUCGACAGAGCAUUGGAUCGACCUCUCCUCUGGCCCGCAGCAACUCGUUUGGCGAGUCUAGCAUUGGGCCUAGCACUCCUUCUCCGCUGAGCGGCAAAGGCAAGCGAACAAGCUUGGGAUUGAGUAACAAGUGGCUUUACGAGCGAUCCCGACGGCUUUCCACUAGUAACGGAGCGCUCUAG